AGGAAAGAAAGAAGGUAGAAAACCCAGCCCAGGUCCAGCACUGCAGACAUGGCCACUACAGGAGAAUCAUUUAGGGAUGACCAAAGUGCCUUUGAGUAUGAUUAUGAGACGCUUCGAACCACGGGGGUCAUUCUCGCCGUGGUAAUGUUUGUGGCUGGCAUCCUUAUAGCCCUGAGUAAUAAAUUCAAAUGCUCAAAAUCCAAAUCGAGUCCUGUAGAACGGUCUCAGACUCUGGCGACAGAGGUGCCCUCUCAGUCAGUAUAGAGGUGAAUAUGUGCCAGCAACUUCAGCAAGAAAAGAAGCUCAUAUGCUCAAGGGUGCUCAAUAGAAUGUAUGAGCGAGCUGCAUGGGAUUGUCUACUUUUUACUACCCUGGAUUUUGAGGUUUUGUCUUUGUAGGUCUCUUUAUGUAAACACCAGUUCGGUCACGAUUUGUAGCUUUUGGACAUCACUGAUUCUAUUAGCAUGGUUACAAUUUGCUUUAAUUCAGUGUAAUCAAUUCAAUCCAAUACUCAUUGUUUUAAAACCCACACACGGUUCAUUAAGAUUAAGAUGAUUUAAUCUCAGUUGUGGUGUACUGUUCUUCGACAUGUGAUGUCCACUUUCGCUUCUUUUCUUGUUUAAUUCAUUGUUUUGGUUUUUCAACCAUGACUAUCUAGAUAUCACUACAUACUGCAGCAGCAUUUUAAAAGUUCCACAUUUUGUCAUACUAACUGCAUCAUUUGAUAGCUAAACAGAAUCUAUAAGCAAAUGAAUGUAUAACUUUCACAUAAGUACCUAACAGCUUGUACCUCAAAUCUUUUACUAAAUAAAGGCUUCUAAUAUUUAUAAUUAGCAUGUUCAAAUGUACAAUUAGCAUGUGCAUUUUGUUUUUAAACAUUGUGUGGAAGACAAUAAUCGUUUGGUGCAUUUAAAAAUGCAAGAUGUGGCUCAAUAAAAUUCUGAAUGAUCAA